GAAUUGUAUUAUUUACCUCGGCAGUUCCCGUUUACAAUGAUAAUUACUGCCCAAACUCCGCAAUUUAUCAAUACAACAUUACAUUCCAAAGCAAUCUCAAGAUUCUCCUCUCAGAUCUCACUUCCAACGCCUCCCAAGGCCCCGACGGCUACUACCUGACAAACAUAGGCUUGGCGACCAUAAACGUCGCCAGUGGCAUCUUCCUCUGCCGUGGCGACGUCGCCUCUGCCAUCUGUCAGGAGUGUGUCGCCGCCGUAGCCACAGAGAUAGAAUGCUGCUGCCACAACCAGACACAAUCCAUAAUAUGGUACGAUGAGUGCACGUUGGGUUACACAAACAGGUACUUCAACUCUGUCAGCAUCGUCCCAAGAGUGAACUUGUGGGAUGACAAGAACAUCUCCACCUCGGAUUUGAAGUUCAAUUUGGCCACAAUUGAGGCUGCCACAAAUAAGUUUUCCUAUGAAAACAAAAUAGGAAAAGGUGGAUUUGGAGAGGUUUACAAGGGUGUUCUUUUAGAUGGACGAGAAAUAGCUGUAAAAAAACUCUCGCAAAGUUCACGACAAGGUGUAGUAGAAUUCAAGAAUGAGGUUUUGUUAAUAGCAAAACUUCAACACAGAAAUCUUGUGACAUUAUUAGGAUUUUGCUUGGAAGAACAGGAGAAAAUGCUUAUUUAUGAAUUUGUGCCCAAUAAAAGUCUUGAUUACUUUUUAUUCGAUCCUGUAAAGCAAAGAGAGUUAGAUUGGUCAAGACGCUACAAGAUCAUUGUUAGUAUUGCUCGAGGAAUUCUUUAUCUCCAUGAAGAUUCCCAGCUUCUAAUUAUACAUCGUGAUCUCAAAGCUAGCAAUGUUCUACUAGAUGAAAACAUGAACCCAAAGAUUUCAGAUUUUGGCAUGGCAAAAAUUUUCCAGGCAGAUCAGACUCAAGUAAAUACAGGAAGGAUAGUUGGAACUUAUGGUUACAUGUCUCCAGAAUAUGCAAUGCGUGGACAAUUCUCUGUGAAAUCAGAUGUGUUCAGCUUUGGUGUCUUAGUUUUGGAGAUUGUGAGUAGCAAGAAGAACACUGAUUUUUGUCAAACUAAACAUGCCGAUGACCUCCUAAGCUAUGCUUGGAAAAAUUGGACGGAGCAAACACCUUUGGAGUUGCUGGAUCCAACCCUGAGAGGUUCUUAUUCAAGAAAUGAAGUCAUCAGAUGCAUCCAUAUUGGUUUAUUGUGCAUUCAGGAAAAUCCAUCCGACAGGCCUUCGAUGGCAACUAUUUCACUUAUGUUGAACAGUUAUUCAGUUACCUUGUCAUUACCUCGAAAACCAGCAUCUUUCCUGCAUGGAAGAACACCUAACAGGCUAAAAAAUGGGCUUCAUUCUGAUGAGUCCGCCACCAGUUCAAUUUUGUGGUCUAAUAAUGAAGUAUCCAUUACUGAAGUAUACCCUCGAUAAAGGAUAGGUUUUAUUAUGUUUUCUUCAAUCCAUCCACUUUAUGUUCAAAUCUUGUCAAACCAUGCCGUUAUGUAACACGUACCUAGUCAAUAUGUAUUGUAAAUA